AGGAUGCGGAAGUAUCCGUUACAGUGGGAAAGGUCCGCUGCCCCGCGGUUGCCACCAUGGCAGCGGCUGGGGGCCCGGGAGGUGGCGUUGACAGUCCGGUGGCGGCAGCAGGUAAUCGACAGUUGAAGUACAUUAGUUUAGCAGUCUUGGUGGUGCAAAAUGCCUCUCUGAUCCUGAGCAUUCGCUAUGUGCGCACCCUGCCAGGGAACCGAUUCUUUGCUACCACAGCAGUGGUUAUGGCUGAAAUCCUUAAGGGAAUCACCUGUCUGCUGCUCAUCUUUGUUCAAAAGCAAGGUAAUCUGAGACAGUUUGCUGCCUCCUUGUAUGAUUCCAUUUUGGUGCAGUAUAUGGACACUCUCAAGCUAGCAGUGCCUUCUCUCAUUUACACCCUCCAAAACAACCUGCAGUACGUGGCCAUCUCCAACUUGCCAGCAGCCACCUUCCAGGUCACCUACCAGCUGAAGAUCCUCACCACAGCUGUCUUCUCGGUGCUGAUGCUCCGCAAGAGCCUGUCCCGUCUUCAGUGGCUGUCCCUCGUGCUUCUUUUUGCCGGUGUAGCCAUUGUCCAGGUGGAGCAGCAGCAGGCAGGGGGCAAGCCAACCCCCAAGGGCCAGGGGAUGCAACAAAGCUACAUGGUGGGGCUUGUGGCCGUGGUGGUGUCGUGCCUCUCGUCUGGCUUUGCUGGGGUCUAUUUUGAAAAGAUCCUCAAGGGCAGCACAGCCUCGGUUUGGCUACGUAAUGUCCAACUGGGCAUCUUCGGGACCUUGCUGGGGCUGUUGGGGCUGUGGUCCACUGAGGGGGCAGCCGUAGCUCAGCAUGGAUUCUUCUUUGGCUACACCCCACUGGUGUGGGGAGUGAUCCUGAAUCAGGCUUUUGGUGGCCUCUUGGUGGCAGUGGUGGUGAAAUAUGCUGACAACAUCCUCAAAGGCUUUGCCACCUCCUUCUCCAUUGUGGUGUCCACCGUGGCUUCCAUCUACCUCUUUGACUUCCACCUCAACCUACUCUUUGCUCUAGGAGCAGGCCUGGUCAUAGGGGCUGUCUAUCUGUACAGCUUGCCCAAGGGACCGCUGGCCAAUCGAUCCCUGGUUGGGGCAGCUAUCCAGCAGCAGGGCCAUGGAGCACAAAGCAAGGAACUUCCUUCCGUGACUACAGAUGGCUUCCUGUCCAAGGUCUCAGCUAAAGAAAAAGGUUCUUAAAGCCAAAACACCAUAGAAGACUCUAGCAGCAUUUCAGCUGUGAUGCUUUCCUAGAUGAAUGAAAUCUUCUGCCUGCACUUCCAAGAAGCAGAACAAUUCAUGGCAUUGUGCGUAUAGAGAAGAUAGGACUAAUUUUCUCAGGUGUGCCUUUUGGGUAGCCUGAUGCGCUCCAUCAAGUGCCUGAUAACAAAUAAUUAUGGAGCAAAUCUAGUCUCUCAUUAAGCCUGCCUCACAUACACACCUGGCCCAUAGGAGUUCCGAUACCAAUUAAUGGCUCCCUAUUGGAUUAUCUCAGAGGAGCAAAGGAGCUAUUAGAGGUGCUUUUUUAAAGCUGGGACAACACCCUUCAUUGAUUCCUUGUCUCACUGCCCUGGUGUGCAUUCUGAAUUCUAAGGCACUGUUCCAAGUGUUUGUCAAAUUCUGCCAGGACUCUUAGAAAUUGCAACACUGGGGAACAACUUCAGGCCUGUGCUUUUUUUUUCUUUCUCCUUCCCUAAUUCUCUAUUUUGUUUACAAUGUAGGCAGGACUGGUGGGCAGGGGGACUUGUAAGUUCAAAAGUUUGCUCACAACUUUUGUAAUAUUAAUACUAAUUACAGAAUUGUCAUAUAUAGUAGUGUGAAUGAGCUCAGAAAGAAAAUAACCAUGUAUGAACCAGCCUUGGCCCUUGAUUGUUGUAAACUGAGGUUCAUUCCAAACCACCAUUCCCCUCUGAAGGACAGACAUUAUCAGAAAAGUUAUAACUUGUCUAAAGCUUUGACUUUGCUCCUACCCCUAUGAACUGAGAAUCUGGAGCAGAGACCUAACCAAGUGUAAGUUCCAAGCUUCGUUUUGCUUUCUACAGCUGAGUUUGCAAAAGUCUGGCCUGCGUAAAUCCAGACCUUGGAAACCAAAAUGAAGACAACAUACUGGCUUCUCCUUGCUUGCCAUUUCUGUUUCACUUUGUGUGCUGAACCUUUCCCUCCCCCUGUACAAAGGGAGAGACAGUGUUUCCUUUUACUCCCUAGGUAAGACACUUCCCACCCAUCAUAUAUCAGU